AUGGCGGCUUAUGCAGCUCUACUUUCUCUUAAACAUACCAUAGAACAAAUACAACUCCAUCCCUGCCCUCCGAUUUCCCUUCCCGAACCACAAAUCGAGCCUCUAAUCGAAAAAGUUACUUUCUUGCUACAUUUUCUAGAGAGUUAUUCAGUCGAUACAGAUGCCCUCGAGAGCCGCAUGGCCAAUGCUGCUUGUGAGGCAGAGGAUUUAGUCGAGUUGCAUAUCGUGGAAAAAAUCGAAACCUCGCAUAACACGAGUCUCGCCAGUUUCUUUAAGGCCACAAGCAUUCGCUCGAAAGACGAGUUUUUGUAUCAAGGCUUACAGAAAGUGAUUCAAGAAUUGGAGUCAAUAACUAUUGAGCUGAAGGAGAUGAAACCAAAGGCGGGAGGAGAAAUCCCGGACGAGGAUUGUUCAUUGCCCGCUUUUUCCGGUUCGUUUAUCAGAAGAUCUGCUUCUUCGGCUGAUAGAAACUUAGUCGUCGGUUUCGAUGAUGUCAUGGUUGACGUCAUGGAGAGGCUGACCAAUCGAAAUUCAAGCAGCCGAGUCAUCCCGAUUGUCGGCAUGGGUGGCAUAGGUAAGACUACUCUUGCUAGAAGUAUUUAUGCUAAUCCGGUUAUCGUGCAAUACUUUGAUGUUCGUGGGUGGGCCACGGUUUCUCAAGACUUUAGUGUUCGAAAAAUUCUUCUAGAAGUUGUUUGCAGUGUCGAAACCGCGGGGGACAAUGGAAAAAGAUUGUUGAACAAGAUGAGCGAACAAGAAUUAGGCGAAAAAUUGUACAAGUGUUUAUUGGGAAGGCGUUAUUUAGUUGUGAUGGACGACAUUUGGAGCAUCAAGGCUUGGAACAGAGUGAAGAACUAUUUUCCGGAUAACAAUGAAGGGAGUGCGAUAUUGUUAACCACAAGGCUGUCGAAUUUGGCUUCUGACAUAAGUGGCUCUCGAGGCCUUGAGAUGGACUUUCUAGACGAAGACAAAAGUUGGAAUCUUCUUUGUAAAAUUGUGUUUGGAGAAGAAGAUUGCCCUCUCGAGCUAGAAGCUUCGGGCAAGAAGAUAGCCGAAAAUUGCAGAGGCCUUCCUUUGUCAAUUACCGUGAUCGGGGGGCUCUUGGCGAAGUCCGACCGGACGCUAAAACACUGGCGACACGUGGCAGAAAAUUUAAGCUCGAUCGUUAAUUUAGAUGACAACGAACGCUGCUUUAGAAUAUUGCUUCUAAGCUACAACCAUUUGCCUAUUCAUUUAAAGCCGUGUUUUCUUUACACGGCGGUGUUUCCGGAAGACCACGUCAUUCGUGUAUCCAAGCUCGUUCGACUAUGGGUUUCCGAAGGAAUUCUGAAACCAAUUAGUGGAAAAAGUUUGGAAGUGACUGGAAAAGAGUAUAUAAACGAUCUUAUAGACCGAAAUCUCAUUCUUAGUCAUAGGAAGGUCUACUUUGCCGAUGUUAAAAGUUGCACCAUACAUGACCUCAUAAGGGAUCUAUGCAUAAAGCUAGCUGAGAAAGAGAGGUUUUUAUGUGUGACAGAAACAAGCAGCAUUCGCUUUUGUCAAAGCUGGCUUACUCAACGACGAAUUAGUGUACGAGGAAACACAUCAAAAAGGAGAAUUAAUUCCGUGAAAUUCGCAUCAUUUGCCCGUUCGCUAAUAUGCGAUGGUCACGAGAGGGUCGUGCCGAUUCAUCCUUUUAGAUUGUUGCGUAUUAUUCAUCAAGUCGAUGCAUUCGAUUAUUAUACUUAUCCGAGAAAACGGAGAACAUAUUCCCUUAAAAAUAUUUUUCGGCAAAUUAGCCUACGCCACCUUGAGAUUUUAGCUAAACCCGACUCCAAGCUUCCAUCCUCCAUUUACAACCUUUGGAAUCUCCACACGUUAUCGGUCGAUAGCAGGGGUGAUGAUUACGCGCAACUUCUCGACAUUUGGAAGAUGCCUCAUCUUCGACACGUCAAGUUUUUCAGCCUCCGUCUCACGGAUCCUCCUCCUCCCACGACGAGGGGCGAUACCGUCAUUCUGCAGAAUCUGCAGACGCUCAAGUCAGUAAAAGAUUUCAGGUGCGGCGACGAGGCGGUUAGAAGGAUCCCUAACAUCGAGAAACUAAAAAUAACAUAUUGUUCCGAGGGAUCUCCGGAGUCGCCUAGCUUUUACCGUCUCGACAAUCUUUGCCGGCUAAGUAAACUCGAAUCCCUUCACGUACACUUCACCCUAUGGCUCGACCCUUUGCUCGGGCAGCCAGGCAGGGGCGAGUUGGCUCGGAGCCUCGUUUUGCCUCAUUCGCUCAAGAAGUUGCGUUUGGAAGGCACGGGUUUCGGGUGGGAAGAAGUGGGGAUGAAGAUAGGUCGUUUGCCGUGCCUUGAAGUGCUCAAACUAGGCAAUAACUCGGUUUCGGGGCUCGAAUGGAAAACAGUCGAAGGCCAGUUUCGGAGCCUAAAGUACCUACACGUCUCGGAGUGCUCUGGUCUCGAGCGCUGGAGGACAGAGAGCGGUCAUUUUCCUUGCCUCGAGCGGCUUGUUCUUGCUAAUGGGUCUCUCUUAAGUGGUUCUCUCUUAUUAAAGGAGAUUCCUUGGGAAAUCGGAAAUAUACCGACGCUAAAAAGGAUAGAUUUGAUUCGAUGUAACGACUCGGCCAUUAUGUCUGCUAAGGAAAUGAUGAAGGAACAAGAGGAUCUCGGGAACGAAGAGCUUUGGGUGAGAGUUCAGCUCGGGAAGGAUAAUAAAGUGGAGGGGGCAAGCUUGGCUGCUCCCAACUUUCAUGUUUUUGCUUCAGAUGGUUUGUUUUAG